UGCGCACAAUAAUAUUUUAGUAGUGAGAUCAAAAUGGCUACAUCGGAUGACGAGCCUAUGCACUUAUACGAAGUUUUUCAAAAUUGUUUUAACAAAAUUGCAAAUAAACAAUCGGUGCCUGAAAAACCGGGGUUUCAAGGACCUUAUGGGGGAUUAGAUAAUGGAAUGGCGUACGCUUUAAGUCCGACAGCGGUUGGACCCGUGGCAUAUGGUGGACCAAGCCCGGGUGGUCCUGGUUCGGGUUUAUCUGGUGCGGGUGUUGGACCAACGGCCGAACCAUUUGCCGCUGAUUCACCAUACUUUCCGUUUGGUACAGCGGUCACAACAGGAGUACGCGGUGCUGGUCAAGCGUCUGCUCCUGGUGUGCCAGCUACUGGUGCGUUACGUCAACAUUCACCAAUAAAAGGUGCACGCCAACAACAACAACCUAGUGCGGGGAGUGCUGGUGCACGCGUUAUUGUACCUACUGUUCCUGGUGUUAUCACAAAGGAUGAACCACAAACCACAUUGGACGGUCAUUGGUAUGCCUCGGAUGAUUUUACCGGCUCAGCACAUGAUAGUCCAACAGCGGCAGCCCGAUACACAUCACCACCAUACCAUUAUUUAACUGAUACCAGUGGUGGUGUUGUACCUGGUGCAACAACACCAGCAGACGUAUGGGCUGGAAUGGGUAGUAACACAUAUGUGCCUGGUGGGGCUUACGAUCCAUAUGGAAGUGCAGCUCCAAUGACUGGUGAUACAACAUCAACUGGUGGGCCUGGUAAUGAAUGUCAUGGUUUACCACCUAUGUCCUCGUUUCGUUCAAAUGGAACAUUUGUACCACAAAAUCAUCCUACAGCUGUUACUCCUGGUGAUACAUUAGGCAAAGCUUUAGCAUCGAUAUAUCCUGUAGAACAAAGUGGCAGUAGUUAUGGAAGUAGUGCAGCUAGUACACCACCAGUGAGUAGUCCUCCGCCAUUAGGUACUGGUGCAUGGCUUCCAACAAGUGCCGGUUCAUCAGUGGCACAACAUUCACCUCAUUUUCCGGGCGCACAGCCACAGACCAAUGGCCAACAUGGCUCACCUGUUACCGUUAACACUCAUCACCAUAUGCACAUGGUAAAUACUGGAAUUACUGCUCCAGAACAACAACGUUUGGAUGAUGCUAUUGGAUUCCUUAGGGAUCAUGCUGAAGGAACUCGAAUGGAAGAACGUUUAGAUGAUGCCAUAAAUGUAUUAAGAAAUCAUGCCGAAGCUCAACAGUUAUUAGGUGGUCCAUUAGGCGGUUACCAACCAACACCGGCUGGUUUAUCACAUCCACAUUCACAAGGACCACCACCACCAACAGCUGGACAAUUAACGCCGCAUCAACCCCAACCAAAUGAAUUUGAAACAGCGGCAACUGUAAUCCCCACACCUGCAGCUAUUAAAACUUCAAUAGAAACUGGCGGCCGUGUUGCGCAUAAUACAAAAAAACGUAAAGAACCUCCCGAUAGUAUAGAUACAAAACCUUCAAGUUCCGUAGACAGUGUAGUAGGUGGCGUUGCCACAGCAGCAACGACAACAAAUACAAAGGGAAACAAGAGAGCGCGAAGAUACUCACUAAAUACAACAUCUAUUAAUAGUUGUUCAAGCGGUGCCGAAGAUGAGACCGAUGAUCCAAGUGUGAAAGCUGUACGUGAAAAAGAACGUCGUCAAGCUAACAACGUACGAGAGAGGAUACGAAUUCGUGAUAUAAAUGAAGCACUUAAAGAAUUAGGCAGAAUGUGUAUGACCCAUUUAAAAACAGAUAAACCUCAAACAAAACUUGGAAUACUUAAUAUGGCUGUGGAAGUAAUUAUGACUUUAGAACAGCAAGUUAGAGAAAGAAAUUUAAAUCCGAAAGCAGCAUGCUUAAAACGAAGGGAAGAAGAGAAAGCCGAAGAUGGGCCUAAACUUGCCGCAGCUGCUGCCCAACAUCAUAUGCUACCUACUCCACAUUACCCUGCCAUUCCAGGACCACCACCUAAUCUACCACACAGUCAACAAGUACAGCCUCAACAAUAGCAUUGACCAUAAUAUGGUUGUUAUUAAAUAAAUAAAUAUUGGGCGUAAUUUAAAUUUAAAAUAAAACAGAAGAAAAUAAACAAAAAUAGACUACAAAAAAAAAACUGGCUCGUUAAAAUAAAAAGAAAAAUUGUCGUCGUUCAUAUUAUAAAAAGUGACAACAAAAGAGAAAGAGAACAAGAGCCUCCCGCCUUUUUUUUAAAUAGUUUAAUUUGAAAUGACGCGUUCGUCGUUACCAACGGUUACACCUCGUUAAGUAUUAUAAUAUUAUUCGAGCGAGAGAGAGAUGAUCGUGAUCAAUCGGCAAAUUUGUUGAACGGUCUUGUUUUUUUUUGGUUGUUGUGUUGUUUUUUUUUUGCGCAAGGUGAUGAAUGAUGAACAAAAAAUACUUCUUUUUUUGGUGAUUAUGUGAACCCGAGCCCUUCACAUCAUCUACUUUGAUACACAUAACUGUAAAUAUUUAAUAAAUGAAAAAAGUAUUAUUAAAAUACAAAAAAAAAAAAAAGAAACGGCGAUAAAUACUUUUUGUGUAAUCCCUGGAAAAACCCGUUCAUACAACUAACAUGGUUCUCGAACUGUGUUUAUUUUUGUGAUACUUGAAUAUACGAUUUAUGAAUGCCAUAUAGAUUAAUUUUUUUUAGUCGAUCAUUUUUAAACAAAAAUAAAUCUUAUGUUUAAUAUCAGUUUGGAAUUAUUGUUUCGUUUAUAGAUUAUUGAAUGAAUAUCUAGAAGGAAAUUGUUAUUGUGUCCAUAUUAUAUAAAAGGAUCAGUAAAAUCAGACCAAAAAUGGUCAAAAGUUUAAAAAAAAAUCAAACAAGUUGUGAUAAGUUUUAGUAGAGAUCUUUAUUUUAAUGUUUCAAACAAAUAUAUCCUGAACAAUCCGUUAAUUUGAACUAUGUGGAUUUUUUAUUUCUUGGAGACGAAAGGGCAAAAUAAACUACUUGAAAUAACCUUAUUUUUUGGAACGAAACGGUUAGGGUUAUUAUCCACCACUAAAAAAGCGCGUGAAUUAGAAAAUCACGGCCAAUGACAAUUUUUAGUUUAUGAAACUUAACAAUAUAGAAAAAUAAAUUGUUGUAAGAGCGGGUUAUUCCAAAAAAAUAGAAUUGACAAUUUCUACUUACUUAUUAUAAUGUAUAGGAAAUAUUAUAAUAGUUUUUAUGUUUGAUGAAGACGAAGACUUAAGAAGAAAAUUGGAAACAGAAGAAUCAUUGUGUCAUCACAUAUUUUUUUUUAUUUUGAUGACGAGUACGUUUUGAAGUGUUUUUUUUAUUUUAUUUAAAUGCCAAACUAAUUUACUAUUACUAUACGAAACAUUUUGUUUACAAGGUUCAUAAAAAAAACCA